AUGGACAGGCAGAAAAUGAUCCGAAUCACGGAAGCCUUGGGUUCUUCUGAAGUAGCUGCCCUCGGCUUCUUGUGCCGUGAUGUUCUCAACGUUAAAGAUAUUGAUGGAGUCACAGACGCAAAAAUUUUGCUGCGCAAACUGGAAGAACGAAAUCUCAUGAAGAACACUCAAUUUCUUGAUCAGUUACUGCGCACAAUCCAUCGGAAUGAUCUCCUCCAACACUUAGGGACAAACAUACAGCAUGCAGUGGAAACUGAUGCAAAUCCUUUGCUGUCAAAUUACAGAGUAAUGCUGUACCGUAUAUAUGAUGAAACCACUCAGGAAAAUUUCCAAACAAUGAAGUUUCUCUUGAGCGAUGUAGUGAGCCAGAGAAAAAGGGAUGAUUGCAAAACAGCGCUGGAUUUGUUUGUUGAACUGGAAAAAGUGAGGUUUCUCUCUCCAUCAUCUCUAACUGACCUGCAUUCAACACUGACGAAUGUGAAUCAACAAUUGGCCUCGAUUGUGAAGGAAUUCAUGCAAAAUGCUAGCCUUCUCUCCUUAGAUGCAGAGGCAAACGUCCAGCCUCCCUCCCUUUUUGAUCAGACAGAGUACUACGCAAUGACUCACAACCCUCAUGGUAUGUGUGUGAUCAUCAACAAUGAGGAUUUUGAGGGAAUGGAGCUGACAAAAAGGGCUGGAACGCAGGAGGAUGAGAAUGUUCUUAGCGGGCUGUUUUCCAAAUUUGGCUUCAAAGUGAUGGUCCAUAAGAACUUGACUGCGGAAAAUAUGAGGACUGUGCUAAAAAACUAUGGUUCAGGAAAUUUUUUAGAGGAUGAUGCUCUGGUUGUAUUUGUGCUCUCCCAUGGAGAAAGUGGUUGUGUCUUCGGGACUGAUGAGAAAAAGGUGUACCUUCGAGAACUGACUAUGCCCUUCAGAAGUGGAUCUGCUCCCACCUUGGCAGGGAAACCCAAACUCUUUUUCAUCCAAGCAUGUCAGGGAAGAGACCUACAAACAGGAUACUUGCCAUGCCCCCCAAACCCAAGUCGGGGCAGUCAGGACAGACAGAGCAACCUGGAAGCAGAUGCGGGUCCCAGCUACUCUGAGACUGUGCCCUCAGAUGCUGACUUUUUGAUCGGCAUGGCCACUGUGCCAGAAUUCAAGUCAUAUCGAAACAGGAACACUGGCUCCAUCUACAUCCAAGAGCUAUGCAAGCAGCUCAAACGAUCUGCCGAGAGCCGACGGGAGGAAGAUAUUCUCACUGUUCUGACACGUGUUAACAGAGAAGUCAGCAGAGGAGUGUACCUCAAUCACAAGCAAAUGCCUGAGCCCAAAUACACCCUCACCAAGAAACUAGUUCUGAAGUUUGUUGAUGGGAACUGA